AGCUUGGCUCGAGRAGUGUACAUUUGUUCCAAGGUGGCGCGGCUUCUUUACUCGACUUGAUCAAUUCAGCACAAUGAGAACUAUUGUAUUUGUCGUCAUUUUCUUCAUCUCACUUGUAUCCCUACAAGCAAGGACCAAUUAUACAGCUUUGAACGCAAUGAUGUGCAAAGACUUCUGGGAUUGUAAAAGGUGCUUGAAAAUCAAGAAUGACAAYAAGUGUAACUUCGGUUUCCUUAGCGGGGUUUGCUACAAGACAUGCACAGGCUGUGGACCAUAUGUCGACAAAAUGGACAAUUGUACCUCCAUUGCUAAACAAGGCAAAUGUUUUGUGAGGGCGACARCAAGUCCUUUUACAACACCAUCUGAAAUGUGCGAAAAAUCUUGUUGUACUGCGGACAACACGAAGCCUAAGCCAACACUGCCAUAUUGGGAUGAAUGGAGUUACUGGGGUACAUGCUCAAAGACUUGUAGCAACGGUUAUAGAAAAAGAACACGGGUUUGUCAUAGAGCGAACGGUGGCACGUAUUGUAAAGGUUAUACUACUGAGUAUCAGUCCUGUAACUGGGGUAUAUCCUGUUUUAAAGUUGAUGGUGGAUGGAGCACGUGGUCCAAAUGGAGUUCUUGCCAGUCAUCGUGUGGUGAGGGUAAAGCAAGGAGGUCACGUCAGUGUUCAAAUCCAUACCCACAAAGCGGUGGUAAACCUUGCAACGGGAGCAGUGAACAAGUCAAAACGUGUUACGCAGGCUGUUGUCCAGGGGCGGGUUUUUGGGGUAAAUGGUCAGCAUGGAGUUCUUGCAGCGAGACAAAGUGCUCCGUCAAUGGAGUAGGUUCAGGAAAGAGAGAAAGAACACGUUUGUGYAACAGCCCCAAACCGUACUGUGGUGGUCCACCGUGUAAAGGGUCACGRAGAGAGACGCAKAGAUGCAGCACACCAUGUCCAACYGGUAUCCMUGAUAUUUUGAAUAAAACACCUUUCUAUUUUCAUUUUCUCCCAAUUAUGCCCUCUAUAACUCCCUUUUAUCAAUGUUUGGACUUGUUUUGGAUAGUUUUGUACCAUGGUAACAUGCUCAAUGACAACAUUUCAUUCAGGAGCUUCUGUUGUUCCCUUCUGGACCCCGUGGAGCAACUGGGGUCCGUGUUCUAA